AUGGGGCCCAUCCAGGACCCUUCUUUUUUCCCUUUCUCUUUUUCCUCUCUUCCCCUCUUCUGCCUCCUCUUCGCUCUAUCGACUACUGUCCUCGCGGUAGACUCGUCCGGCUGGUCUGUGGUGCCGUCCAACAACUCCAGGGAUCUUUCGUGGGUAGGAAAAGCCAGGUUUCACUUGGAGAGCGGCCAGAUUCAGCUACCGUCGGGCGUCAGCGUUACUCCCUUGACCACAGCCUUGGUCAAUCUCGAUCAGAGCGAAAUUACGAACUUCAAUGUUACGGGCAACCUGGUGAAUGUGGACGCUACCAACUCCAUCUCAUUGAACACGAGUGAUAUCGCCCUGAUCAGCUGCGACCAAUCCGCCUAUCCCGGAAAUUUAGAUGCGAGUGAGACCGUUCGCAACGUCAUUACAUCGCCGCGUCGUGCAUCGGCGGUUCUUUUGUACAGUUCCGAGGUGCAUCACUGUAAUUACACCGCAGGUCCCAACGCCAACGGAUAUAUCAACGUCUUUACGCUAGUCAAUCCGACUCUCGCGAAGGUUGUCACCAAUCUCUCUCAUUCAUCGACAGGAAACGGUUCGACGAGCAUCAAGCCCGACAUGUCAUUUACGAUGUCAGGGACGCCGCCCACCUCCGGGGAUUCCGGUGGGGCGACGGACAGCCCGAAUACUGCUAUGAUUAUUCUGUAUAGUAUUACUGGUAUCAUCACGGCGCUCUUCCUCGCCAUCAUCAUUACCGGCGCGGUCCGGGCCCAUCGUCAUCCGGAACGCUACGGCCCUCGAUAUACAGCGGGGCGGCCACGACAAAGUCGAACGAAGGGGAUGGCAAGGGCGAUGCUGGAUACAAUUCCGAUCGUGAAGUUCGGUAACCAACAGGAUCCCAAGCUGGAUGCCGUCAAGGGUGACGUGGAGAUGGGCUCUGAAGAUGAGACGGGUCGUCGGCCAGAUUCUACUCAAGAAACAACCACGGUGCACGAAACGAAUCCCCAGGCAACUGCUGCUUUGGCGGCGACAAAUGAUACCACGACGGAAUCCCCUUCAGAAGAACAACCCAAGCCGACGGAAUCCACAGAUCAUCCGAACUUUUCAUGCCCUAUCUGUACCGACGACUUUGUCAAGGGACAGGACCUGCGUGUCCUGCCCUGCAACCACCAAUUCCACCCGGAGUGUAUUGAUCCUUGGCUGGUGAACGUAUCAGGCACAUGUCCUCUAUGCCGUAUCGACCUCAACCCCGCCCAGCCUGAGGGCGAGACUGAAAACCAGGAAGGUGAAAACAACACCGAGACACAGCCUGAGGGCACACCGGAACCAGCAACAGAGGAAUCCCACCACCGCCACCGCCGCCUAACCAGCUACCUGCACGGAACGCUGAACGCGCGCCGCAUGCACGAAGCCACCGUCGAAGAGCGCCUCGCCGCGCUGCGCAGCGUGCGCGAAGAGAACCGCAACAGCGUCGAGAACGAAGAAGAACGACAGCGACGCGGUCGACUCACGUCCCGCCUUCGUGACCGAUUCCGCAUUCGCACUCGACGCCACGGCGAUGACGGCGAACACCAGCCGGCCGCAUCAACAUCUAGUACAUAA